UGGAUGUCAACAUAUCGCAUUUACUUGCUAAACGGACUGAAGCCGUUGUGGAUCUACCAAGGUCUGUGCUGGAUUCUCCUAGACGUAUCAGUUUUGUGGUGUUCCUCACUAACCGCGCCUUCCAUUAUAAAGGUGCAAACGUCAUCAACAGCCGGGUGAUCAGCAUCAAUGUUGUUAACUUGACACAAUUCGACAAUGAGGUAGUGAAACUACAUUUUAGGCCAAUGGAAGAACCGGAAAGGGAAACGAAACGUUCCUGUGGUUAUUUGCAGUUACAGCCUGAUGGUAACGGGUAUUGGUCGCAAGAAGGAUGCAUCUUUGUCUCCUCAACUAGUUCAUUCCUUCUGGAUACAUGUCUAUGCGACCAUCUCACCCAUUUUGCUGAAAUAUUAAUACCACGACCCAGGUUCUCGGAGUCUGACGAAAGAAUAUUAGAAUUAUUAUCUAUAAUUGGUUGUGGCUUAUCAAUCUUUGGUGUCACCUUGAUUGCGACCACUGCUUUCUUGUUUAAUACCUGGCGUUCAGUAUUUCGCAAUCGUAUGUGGCUUCAGUUAUGUGUUGCAUUAUUGAUUCUUUCGCUUUGUUUUUUAUUAGUGGCGUUUGUUAAAUACGAUCAAUACAGCUUUUCAUGUUUGGUCACUGGAGUUGUUUUGCAUUACUCCCUGUUGGCAUCGUUCUGUUGGAUGUUGGUGGUUGCCAUAAUUGCUUAUUUCGACAUGGUUGCAGUUCAAUACACCAUUGCAAAUUUUAGUAGUAUACCCAAUAAAUUACUAAUAACAUCAGGUUUUUCUUGGGCAGCCCCCGCAGUCGUUAUUGCUAUACUCCUUCUAAUUUCUCCAAAGUCUUACGUGAGACGUUUCGAAGAGAUGGCUCCUAGUGGCAGUUUCUGCUAUCCUUCGGGACUUGCUUUGUGGUUGUCAGUUUACGCGCCCAUUGCAAUUAUAUUGGUGGUUAAUUUCCUUGUAUUUAUAUAUACAAUUGGGCAUGUAACUUGGAGUAUGCGUAAUAGAAAUUUGGGAAAACAAAAGAUGGAUAGUAUGCAGGAAGCAAUAAGAUGUGCUAGAAUCGGGCUCGUUCUUAUGUUUUUGUUCGGUUUGCCGUGGAUAUUUGGACUGUUCGCGUACAAAGUGAUUUGUGCAUAUGUUUUUACUGUCACCGUGACAACUCAAGGAUUCCUCCUGUUUCUAUUUAUUGUAUGUGGUAAUAAUGAUACUAGAAAUAUGUGGUAUAAUAAGAUCAAAUUUACAACUAAAUAUAGGCGGCGAUAUUCACAGCGUACUAUGCAAAGUGAAAAUCCAUAUUAAUAUUUUAAAGCCAGUUGGAAUUUUGCAACCAGAAUUGGACUAGGUACUAAUAUAUUAUUUAUUUAAAAACUACAUAAUAAGAUAUAUGUACAUAAUGUGUAAAUAGCAUGUAGUAAUUAUUUAGGCUAAGAUUAACUUCGAGGAACGAAUAGCUCUGUUUUUAUUUUUUAUUAAUUGUAAUCAUUUUCAUUUGUUUAUAAAUAUAUUUUAAUGAAAUACUACGUUAUAUAUAAUAUACCAUGAUUCAUUUUAUUUCAAUUAAAUUUAUUUACCUUUAGGCAGUUGUGCUCAAUGAAUUUAAUAAAAAAAAAAAAUUGCAUUACAUUUGUAACAUAGAUUGUUUACAAUAAUAGUACUCGUAAAGCAUCUAUAUGUAUAUAUAUAAAUUAACUAUAAUACUAUAUAAACUACUUAUAAAAACUGCUUAUUUUAAUGUACGGAUUUUAUAUUAAAAAAUAAAACUUCUUCACUGAGUAGCAAGAUUUUUAAAAAACAAAUUUAUGUAAAGACAUAUGACAUUUGAGGUUAAAUCAGCCGUAAGAUUUUGUUCCAAAUCACAUCCAUAUAUAAAUAAAUUUACCUAUAUAAAUUGAAAAUGUUGUACCUAUAUUCAAAUAAUAAGUCUACGAUUUCAUGGAAGGUGUUCAGUACGUGGUCAUGGCUGGAAAGAAGCCAUAUAGUAUAUUUAAAAAAAGAAAAAGAAUGAUUUGAAUUUUUGCAUACCAUUCUUGUAUCUCUUUGUGUUUUUUUUUGUAACCAUAAUUUUGUUAUGUAAAUAAAUAUAAAAGACACUAGUGGAACUAUAAAAGUGGUAUCAUUUUGGAGUACGUCGUCUAGUACGAAGAAGUACAGUAUAUUAUAUUGUAAGAGUGUACUGUAAAUUCAAUGGAAAAAUAGGGAUUAACAUGUCAUAUUUAUUUUAUAUACAUUGUAUUAGUCCAAUCAUGUCUAUAGGGGACGGUUACCGCUUUUCCAUCAGAUGGACGUCAGCUUGUUUGCCAUUUUAAGUUGCAUAAAAAAUUUAAAAAACAAGAAGUUGUGGACUAUCUUUCUAAGUUAUUUUCAAAUGCUUUAUUCUCAAAUGAUAUAGUUACUUUGUCUGUACUAUCGUAAGCAAUUGUAAUCUGGUAAUAAUAUUUUAUAGUAGAAGGAUUAUUGUACCUUAUUCAUAACGCCUGCCAUAUUUAUCAACAAUAAUUCACCAAAUUACAUCAUUAGUAUUCCA